AUAUGCCAGUGCUCCUCGUGUGCAUCAGCAGCCGAAUCAUUAUCAGCACCCACAGCAGCAGUCGGUGUAUAGAAUGCAGAGUGAAGGGAUGAUGAUGCCUCCACCCAAUCCCAUUAUAGGAGGAGGCGGAGGGGCUGUGCCGCAACAAUCAUUACGUCAUUAUCAACAGGAUGGAUAUCUUCCAAGUGGUCAAGGA